UGUUGGAGGGGUUGCAGAAUAUGAAUGCCGGCAUGAGAACGUUAUUGAUACGAAUUUUUUAAUAAAGUGUGAAAAGUUAAUAUAAGCGAAGUUAUGUAGUUAUACAGUGUGUUAAAAUGAAAAAAGGAAAAUAGGUUAGGAUUUUCACGAUGAUAAGUAACAAAAACAUGGAUUUAUCCCUAAUAAAGGAAAAGAUCAUAAAAACUGACGAAGUUAUAAAACUCCUACUUGAAAAGAAGCAAGAAAACCAAAAACAUCAAGCCAAGUACCAAGUACUUCUCAAUUUGUAUGCAAAACGAUGCAAAGAUGACAAAUUAAUUCAAGAGAAAGUUAAAGUAUUAGAGAAAACUAUAGAAAAUCAUCAGUCAUUUACAAAGAAAUAUCGUACAUUAAAACUUGCAUAUGAGGAAUUGGAAAAAACUCAUGGCAAAUAUGCAAAUGAUAUCCAAAUAAAGUAUCAGAGUGCUAACAAACAAAUAGAACAAUUAAAAGCUGAACUUGACAAUAAAUUGCUUUCACAAGAAGAAUGCAGUAAAAUUUGUAAUGCAAAAGUUACAAAAUAUGAGAAUAAAGUUUCCAGAUUAGAAGAAAAACAGAAAACACAAAAUGACUUAAUAAAGUUUCUUGAGAAAGAAAAUAAAACCUUAAUAAGGAAAUUAAAAAUUGCAGAGCAGGAACAAUCAAUGGAAAAGUACAAGGAUCAAUAAAAGGCGAAAGUUUUUAUUCUUAAAUUGAAACCAGUCAGUUUAAAUUUGAUGCUGUCCUAUGAGAAAUGGUCCAGUUAGUGAGCUGUCAUCACAAGGACUAAAUGUAAGCAAAAAUAAAAGACGCCUUUAAAUAUGUACCUUAUUAUUGCUGAACCUGUUGUUUGAAUUAAGUUAUAUUUGCUACUUGUUUUGUUUUUUGUUAAUCUGUAUUGCUUUAUCCGUUAUUAAGGAGGAACUGAAGCUAAAUUUAGAGAAUCAAACCAAUUAAACCUGUUAAAAAUCAAUUUUUAAGUGCAAAAGAGGCCUUAAUUAUUGGCUGUUAAUUUCAAUAAUUUCUUUUUAAAUGUACUUAUACUUACAAAAAAAAGUAGAAUAGUUAUUGCAACCAA